AGGCUCUGCUUGUCAGUCAGACUUUGAACAGUGCACUGGCGCUCAUCACUGCUAAUCUCUGGCCGCUGCUUGUCACCAUCAACGACGCUCCUACUGACAGUUACCACCGACCUGCUUCAGAGGAAUAGAUUAGGAUGAAGAGUUUCUGAGAUAAAGCAGGAAAACACGAGUGCAACACGGUAGGGCGCGAACGGAAAAUAAACGUUAGCUGAGCCGUUUAACGUUUACUCGGGAGUUGCGAUGGUCCAGAUAAGGGAUAUUUUUUUAGCCUUGCUACUUGUGGGCUGUGCAGUUUCACUGGAAGUGCAGAUCGUACCGACUCAUGGAGAGAUUAGUCUCGGAGAGUCCAAGUUCUUCAUGUGUGAAGUCGAAGGCUUCGCCAGGCACAUAGAAUGGUUCGGACCAAAUGGGGACAGGAUAGAGCCGAACAGACCAGACGUAACUGUGAGCCGUAACGAUGAGUCAUCCACUCUCACACUCUACAAAGCUGGGACUGAACAUGCAGGGACAUACAAGUGUGUCGCUACCAACGGAGACAAGCAGGCAGAGGCAACUGUAAAAGUGAAAAUCUUCCAAAAAAUCACCUUCACAAACGCACCGUCACCCCAAGAGUUUAACGAAGGAGACCAGGCCAACCUUAUCUGUGACGUCGUCAGCUCGCCCCUCCCCACUGUCUUCUGGAAGUAUAAAGGAGCAAAGAUACACAUGGAAAAAGAUGUUCGCUUUAAGGUACUGAGCAACAAUCACUUUCAAAUCCGCGGCAUAAAGAAGACUGAUGAGGGCUUAUACACCUGCGAGGGUCGCCUCAUGUCCCGCGGCGAGAUUGAUCUGCGGCUCAUCAAGGUCGUAGUGAACGUGCUCCCGACCAUCAGGGUAUGGCAGUCAGAGGUGAAUGCUACAGCAGAUGUCGGGCAGCCCGCCAUGCUGACUUGUGCUGUUGAUGGCUAUCCUGAACCCAUGGUGACAUGGACAAGGAACAAUGUGGUCCUGGAGGCUGGAGAGAAGUACAGCUUUAAUGAGGACGGCUCAGAAAUGACAUUAAUGGAAGUAACUAAGCUGGAUGAAGGAGAGUACACCUGCAUCGCCAAGAAUAAGGCUGGGGAGAGCGACCAGGAACUCAGUCUGAGAGUGUUUGUAAAGCCUAAGAUCACGUACAUCGUGAACCAGAGCACUUCUGAGAUGGAGGAGCAGGUAACUCUGACCUGCGAGGCAUUGGGAGACCCCACUCCCACCAUCAGCUGGAGUUUCGGUGAGCGUGUCUUCGCUGAAGGAGAGCAGGCACAUCUAAACAGGAUCUAUCAGGCAUCAUGGACUCGGCCCGAGCAGCACAAGAGUGUGGAUGGGAAUGUAGUGGUGAGGAGUGAUGCUCGUGUGUCCUCCCUCACUCUGAAGUAUGUCAAGUAUACAGAUGCGGGUCAGUACCUCUGCUCGGCGCGCAGUGCCAUUGGAGAGGAUGAUCAGACUGCAUAUCUGGAGGUCCGCUAUGCCCCUAAGAUCCACGGUGCCGUGGCAGUGUACACCUGGGAGGGGAAUGCUGUGAAUAUCAGCUGUGAGGUCAAGGCUCAUCCCAGUGAUGUGUCUAUCGCCUGGCUGAGAGACGGACUGCAGCUCCCCAACGCAAACACCACCAACAUUAAGAUCUUCAGGAGUCCAUCAGCCAGCUACCUGCAGAUAACCCCUGAGUCAGAGAAUGACUUUGGGAGCUACAACUGCAGCGCCUCAAAUGAGAUGGGCACCGAGUCCAAAGAGUUCCUGCUCAUCCAGGCCGAGGUGCCAUCAGCUCCAUUCCUCAGCGAGGUGAGGCCCUUCUCCACCUCGGCACAGAUCGAGUUUGGGGAGCCCGAGUCCACCGGGGGGGUUUCUGUCCUGAAGUACAGGGCGGAGUGGAGGGCUCAGGGCCGAGGCACCUGGUCGCACCGUUCCUAUGCAGUCGAUGAUGGCUUCAGCGCUGAGGCCACUGUCACAGGUCUGAAGCCAGAGACCAGCUACGAGGUGAGGCUGUACGCCAUCAACGGAAAGGGGGAGGGGGAGAGCAGCCUCCCCAAGUUCUUCAAGACGGAGCCUGUCCAAGGGCAUCCCAAUCCUCCUAAACUGGACGGGUCACUUCUGCCCAAAGGCAACUCCCUCAAAGUCAGCUGGACCAAGCAGGACGACGGCGGCUCGCCCAUCGUACAUUACCUCAUCCGCUAUAAGCCAACGGAGAUAAAGGAGUGGAAACCCGAGAUCCGGAUGCCCAGAAACAGCGACUACGUGAAUCUGAGCGGGUUGGAGUGGGACACGGAGUACAACGUGUUUGUGGUGGCAGAGAACCAGAAGGGGCGGUCCCAGCCGGCCACCAUGUCCUUCAGGACGGCCCCCGAGCCAGAUGCCAUCGCAGCAGAUUUGGGCGAUGAGGCGGCGCUCUCCAUGGGCAUCAUGCUCUGGGCAGGGAUUCUUGUUAUAGCAUUUGUACUCCUGCUGCUAGCUGUGGAUGUCACCUGUUACUUUGUCAACAAAUGUGGCCUCAUCAUGUGCCUCUGCGGUAAAUCAAGCACCGGCACCAAAGGGCACAACCUGGAGGAGGGCAAGGCGGCCUUCAUGAAAGAUGAGUCCAAAGAGCCAAUAGUGGAGGUCAGAACAGAGGACGAGUGCACAGCCAAUCACAACGCAGCAGGACCGACAGAACCCAAUGAAACCACACCUCUCACAGAGCCAGAGCUGGCGGCUUUCACUGCUGCUCUGGCACUGGACACGCUCUCCUCCGUAGCCACCAACUCUGACACAGCCACCGCGACAAUUGACCCCUCUCAGGACAGCCCCUCUAGCGAGACCACUACCCUCACUUGUAGCCUGUCUACCCUGGCCAACGACCCCUCACCCACCCCCAUCCUGGCCCCGGCCCCAACUCCAGAGUCCAACACGGCCCCGCCGCUUCCCCUCAUCUUCACCUCGGCCAUCGAAGCUAAAAUGGCCCCGUUAGUAGAACAAAGAGGAAGUAACGCCCCCGAAGAACUGGAGAAGAUAACCACUCCUCCUUCUAGCCCCGAUUGGGCUAAGGCGGCAAAAUCCGGGACGCCGAUACCCCCGAAGCGUAGAAACUCUCCUAAACUUGCCGCUAUGAAUGCUAAAGCUAGCCCGCCUGUAUCGCCCCUGGCUGCGUCUUCCCCAGUGCCCUCUCCCUCUGUCAACAUCAGGAAACCUGCUCCAAAGCCACCGGUCAAGCAGCUUCCCCUACAGCCAUACACUGUAGCCUCAGAGACAGAGACCCCGGUACACACUGACGCACCUCUAGCAACCACUGCCCCUCCAAAACCAGAUCCUGAAAGCCUUAAAAACCCUAUUGACCAACCUGGCCAUACUAACACUGCCAAAGAUGCUGAAACUAGCUCUCUUUCAGGGAUCCACGGUGCUCUUAAAGUCCUGGAUGCUGACAAAUCUGCUCUUUCUCCUUUACCUGUCACUACUAUUUCCUCCCCUCACGCCCCCCCCGUUGAGGAGCCGGUUUCUAAGGAUCCCUUUGCAUCGCGGUCAGACAGAUACACCUUACUUUCCUCUGUUGAAGGGCCUAAAAAUGCAGAUACAGAUUUAGAGAUUGCAAACGGGAUGGAAACUGACAAAUACCUUAUUAGCUUAAAGAGCCCCCCUUGUGACCCCCCUCUGGCCAAUGGAGAUGCAGCAGACCUCCCCCCCUCAGGCCCAGCUCUGGAGGCAUCAGAGACUCUGGCCAAGACUGCUCCUCCUGUCAACGAUGAGAAGAUGUUCUCUGAUCAGAAAGACAAAGUGGAGGAGGCAGAAAUGACAAACGCCCUGACGGAGAUUACUGCAGAACACAACAGUGUCAUACACACAAAUUCCACCGAGAGCAAAGCAUGAUGGGUCGAGGAAACCCCCUGUCCAAUCCAAAACAUUUUUGCGGCAGCACCGAGCGAGAAACACUGCAGGAAUUUUCUUUUCCAGUGCCCUUAACUACAUAUUAAAAACCACACGCACACCUGUCGAUUGGCACACUUCGACUGUGCUUUCAUUCCGGGUUUCAUUCAUGAGAUGUUUACUACACCAAGGAGUUUAUCUUCAGAUCAUAAGAGAUUUAUUUUAUUUUUUUAUUCUUAUUUUAUUUAACCCGUCAGGACGGUUGAGGACAAUCUCUUAUUACAUGAUCGCUUGAUAAAUAUAUGGAAUUAGACUCUACUCUCUGCUUUUAGUUUGAACUGCGCAAAAAUAGUGGAUUAUUAUUAAAAAUUUAAAAAGGAGAGAAAAACCUGACUAUAUAGAAAUCUUUUUUCUUAUUUUCAUGUUUUACAGUUCAAAUGAAAAACUAUUUUCAUUUUUUUUCAUUUAAUUUCUGGGCUUGUCUCAGUAAAUAGCUUGUUCUGCAUGUCUGAGCUGCAAGAGGCUGUAAAGUUGUGUGUACAAGCUUUAUUGUUUCACUACGUCUGUUACAGCGGCGUUUCAUCUCUCACAGAUUCGCUGGCAUUGAUUAAACACAGUAUUUGGAUUCUAACCAUAUUUGUUAUGGUUAUAUAAAUGCAGGAUUAACCCACAUCCAGCUGCAGGGGGAAAGAGACGGAGAGAGAAUCCCACAACACAUCAACAGUGUGCAUUAUCACAUCCGAUUUGGCCCAUAUACUGAUCGAAUAUUCAGUCUGUCACUGCCUCACCACAGUGCUGAUUAAAAUAUUUGUAAAUCAAAUGGAUUUGAUUAAAAGAGGCAACUCCUUGAACACUAACGUCCACAGAAGACAAACUGCCAGCAGAACACGAUUCUCAGCCAAAGGUUGAAGAACCGAUAAUCUUAUGAGCUAAAUUUACGCCACGUAUUUGUUCAGAGGGCAACGACUACAGAGCUACUGUUUCUUCCUCACAUUAAAGCAGAUCAAAGGUCUGGCUUCGUACUUUGAGUUGUGCUUUUGAAGAAAAAAAGUGAAAAAUAAAAAAGCAUUUUUGUACUAUUUAAAAACUACAAAGAUUUAUUUUCCAUUUCCUGCCUGCAAGCUUGUGCACUGUGCCUGUGUGUCGAUAGAUUGUCUUGUCAUCAGUUUCUAUGAUAAUCUGCAUAGCUUUGUCGUGAGAGAUUUAGCCUAUUCUUUUAUUUAAUAUGUUGUAUUAGAAGAAAAGUAUGAUAAAUGGACUAAUGUGGUCAUUAUAACACGUGUAGUGUAUGAAAUUGUCCGUCUCUGGUCACAGCACUAUAUAUUGCCAGCUAUAGUGAAGGGAGGUGUUUUGAGCCUUGGCAUGAAUUCAGUCAGUACUUUAUAACGUAUAUCUACAAGGCAGAUAAACAUGCCCAUGUUUGUUGGGGUAAAUAGUUUUCAUAUUGAUUUAAUGAGUGUUACCGUUCAGGCUUGUUCUGCCAUAACUACACAUUGUUUUUAUUUCUCUCCCCCUGUUGUUAUUCAAGUGUUCUGUAAUGUGGUCUUUGAAUUUUAUUUUAUUUCGUUUUUGUCUUUUUGUACAAACGUCACUCACCAGGGGCAACUGCUUGACAAGUUCAGGAUACACAUUGGCAGGAAGCAGAGUGGUCCCCAUGAAGUGGGAGAUCAAACCUUUUUUUAAAUAUUAAGAUGAUAAGAGAUCUAAAGUAUGUAAGAACAGAAAGACAGCUUUACUCAACACCUUUUACUUCUCUGCUGUUUCCUGACUACCUUUUCUUCCUUGUCACUGGAUGCUCCUUUUGGUUUUAUUGGGUCCAACUCAGAAAAUAUCUGUUGUGUACAGUCUGAGCGCCAACCCAUUUACAAAAUAAAAAAUGGUUUCCGAAUCUAA